CCCGAUUUCUCUCACUAAAUCCACGUUUUACCGUGUAUAUAUAUACCCAAGAAUCCAUAACUAACCGAGCUUUUUUCCCAAAUCAAAAACCCUAUUCCCAAAUCAAGCAACUCUCCUAUUUCGGUAAAAUCUUUCUUCCUGUCCAUCGCAAUGGCUCGUACAAAGCAGACUGCUCGUAAGUCCACCGGAGGAAAGGCUCCCAGGAAGCAACUUGCUACCAAGGCUGCCAGGAAAUCAGCUCCGACAACCGGAGGAGUGAAGAAGCCCCAUCGUUACCGUCCCGGAACUGUUGCUCUACGUGAGAUUCGUAAGUACCAGAAAAGUACUGAGCUGCUGAUCCGCAAAUUGCCAUUCCAGAGGCUUGUUCGUGAAAUCGCCCAAGAUUUCAAGACUGACUUGAGGUUCCAGAGCCACGCUGUGUUGGCCCUUCAGGAGGCAGCAGAGGCUUACCUGGUUGGUCUCUUUGAGGAUACCAACUUGUGUGCCAUUCACGCUAAGAGGGUUACAAUCAUGCCCAAGGACAUCCAGUUGGCUAGGCGUAUCCGUGAAGAUCAAUAUUAUCGAGAUCUUGUUCACAUGCCUAUUACCUAA